GGCUUGGAAGAGGAGGAGGAGGAGGAGGAGGAGGAGGCGGCGCCAGGCUGUUGCUGCUGCUGUUGCAGGUUCAUGUGCAUAUAAUGAAAAGGCACUUGACAGUCUGCCAAAACGCACGAGAGGGAGAGAGAGAGAAACUGGACCUACUGGAUUUCGCAAAGCCAAUCGUCAUCAUCUGCAUCUACAUGGGGAAGGAGGAGGAGGAGGAGGAGGAGGUGGGAUCAGCAGCUCCAGCCGCUGCUGCUCCAAUGUGAAACCACAAGCAAAAAGGGGGGGAUCCAAAAAAAAAAAGGCGACAGAGAAAGAGGUGGGGGGGGAGGCGGCUCCGUGUGCAAUUUCUCUCCCUUUUCCCUGCGGAUUUCUCUUCCUCUGGCAGCUAUGAAUUCCGCCGAACAGACCGUUACGUGGCUGAUUACCUUGGGGGUGCUGGAGUCGCCCAAAAAAACCAUUUCGGACCCGGAGGGCUUUUUGCAGUCGUCUCUGAAAGAUGGGGUGGUCCUCUGCAGGCUGCUGGACCGCCUGCUCCCUGGGACCAUAGAGAAAGUUUACCCGGAGCCCCGAAGCGAGAGCGAGUGUCUGAGCAACAUCCGCGAGUUCCUGAGAGGCUGCGGGUCUUCCCUCCGCCUGGAAACAUUUGAUGCAAAUGAUCUUUAUCAGGGACAGAACUUUAACAAGGUUCUCAGCUCUUUAGUCACUCUAAAUAAAGUCACAGCAGACAUUGGGCUGGGAAGUGACUCUGUAUGUGCUCGGCCCUCAUCUCAUCGAAUAAAGUCCUUUGAUUCCCUUGGAUCUCAGUCUUUACUCAGUCGGACUUCAAAAUUGUUCCAGGGCCAGUAUCGAAGUCUGGACAUGACGGAUAAUAGCAACCAUCAACUGGUAGUGAGAGCAAAAUUUAAUUUCCAACAGACAAAUGAAGAUGAACUUUCUUUUACAAAAGGAGACAUCAUCCAUGUCACGAGAGUAGAAGAAGGGGGCUGGUGGGAGGGCACUCACAAUGGCAAAACAGGCUGGUUCCCUAGCAACUAUGUACGAGAAAUCAAAUCAAAUGAAAAGCCAGUGUCCCCCAAGUCAGGAGCAUUGAAGAGCCCUCCUAAAGGAUUUGAUACAUCUGCAAUUAACAAAAGCUAUUACAAUGUGGUGCUACAGAAUAUUUUAGAAACAGAAAAUGAAUAUUCUAAAGAACUACAGACUAUUCUUUCAACUUACCUGCGACCAUUACAGUCCAGUGAAAAGUUAAACUCAACAAAUAUUUUAUAUUUAAUGGGAAAUCUAGAAGAAAUAAGUUCUUUCCAGCAAAUGCUUGUACAGUCUUUAGAAGAAUGCACCAAGUUGCCUGAAGCUCAACAGAGAGUUGGAGGCUGCUUUCUAAAUCUGAUGCCACAAAUGAAAACUUUGUACCUUGCAUACUGUGCCAAUCACCCGUCAGCAGUAAAUGUUCUCACAGAACACAGUGAGGAUUUGGGAGAAUUUAUGGAGAUGAAAGGCGCCAGCAGUCCUGGGAUUCUUGUGUUGACCACAGGCCUCAGCAAACCUUUUAUGCGCCUGGAUAAAUACCCUACUUUACUCAAAGAACUUGAAAGACAUAUGGAGGAUUAUCAUCCAGAUCGGCAAGAUAUUCAAAAGUCUAUGACAGCCUUCAAAAAUCUUUCUGCACAGUGUCAGGAAGUACGAAAAAGGAAAGAGCUUGAACUCCAGAUUCUGACAGAAGCAAUUCGUUGCUGGGAGGGAGAUGACAUUAAAACCCUGGGCAAUGUCAUAUACAUGUCCCAGGUCAUGAUUCAGUGUGCAGGAAAUGAGGAAAAGAAUGAAAGAUAUCUUCUACUCUUCCCUAACAUUUUGUUAAUGUUGUCUGCCAGUCCUAGGAUGAGCGGUUUUAUCUAUCAGGGAAAGCUACCCAUGACAGGCACGACAAUCACAAAGCUGGAAGACAGUGAAAACCAUAAAAAUGCAUUUGAAAUAGCAGGAAGCAUGAUUGAGCGGAUAUUGGUAUCAUGCAACAACCAGCAGGAUCUUCAUGAAUGGGUGGAUCAUCUACAGAAGCAAACUAAAGUUACAACUAUUGGAAAUCCUACUAUUAAGCCUCAUUCUGUGCCAUCUCAUACUCUUCCUUCCCAUCCAAUCACACCAUCCAGCAAACAUUCAGACAGCAAGCCAGUGCCACUGACUCCUGCAUACCACACGCUCCCACACCCUUCACAUCAUGGGACUCCACAUACCACAAUUAAUUGGGGACCUCUGGAGCCUCCUAAAACUCCCAAACCUUGGAGCCUGAGCUGCCUGCGACCUGCACCUCCUCUACGGCCUUCAGCUGCUCUCUGUUACAAAGAGGAUCUCAGUAAGAGCCCUAAGACCAUGAAAAAACUUCUACCCAAGCGCAAACCCGAACGGAAACCAUCUGAUGAGGAGUUUGCAUUGAGGAAAAGUACAGCUGCCUUGGAAGAAGAUGCCCAGAUUCUAAAAGUUAUUGAAGCAUAUUGCACAAGUGCCAAAACCCGCCAAACACUCAAUUCAACAUGGCAAGGCACUGACCUGAUGCAUAAUCACGUCUUGGCUGAUGAUGACCAAUCAAGUCUAGACUCCUUGGGUCGUCGCAGUAGCCUUUCUCGUUUGGAGCCUUCAGACCUCUCGGAAGACUCUGACUAUGACAGUAUAUGGACAGCCCAUAGUUACAGAAUGGGUUCUACAUCUCGUAAGAGCUGUUGCUCAUAUAUCUCUCACCAGAACUAAUGCACUUCUGAGCUUUUCUUAACAAAUGCUUGUUGUAUCACAGCCUGCUUUUCUUAGAUGUUUUCUCGCUGUUCCUUGUCUCUUUUUAAUGUGAUAUUUUAACAGCUUUUGAGAGCAUUUCUAAUAUUUUCCAUUGUACAUGGUGGAGGCUUGAUUGCCGACUUAAAUACACAUUCAAAUACCUGACUACUGAAGGGAGACCGUAUAUUCACUUAAGGAUAUACUUGAGUUGGUUUGUUGUUGUUGUUGUUGUUGGGUUUUUUGUUGUUGUUGUUACUUUACUAUUAUUGAUAGCUGUUGAUUUGUAGCUCCCAAUGGUUUGUUUUUUUGACCAUGUCAGUGUAGCAGCUGUUUCCUUUUUUUUGGAUACAGUAGUGUGAACGUUUUGUAUUUUGUACUGAAACCGUACAGGUUUGUGAUCUAAGUGCCAGCAAUAUGGAGAUACUUUUUAGCCUUAUUAUGGUUCAGUUUUCUAUGUAUGAUAAACACACAGGUUAAGCAGGCAUGGAAUAAAAUAGCAGUGAGAAAGAUAAAAAUGUUCAGUGAAAGUACUAUAACAUUAAUUCAGAUGUCCAUGGAUCGGAACAAUCUGCCAAGACCAUUUGGUAGCAUCAUGAGCCUUCUUUACACUGCUAGCAUAGUUCUUUGCCUUGACAGGUAUGAAUGAAGAAGGAUCUACUUCCUAAGGUGAGGUUGUAUAUCUUCACUCCACAGAACUCCAUCCUUCGUGGUGUGGUCCUGGGAAAACAUUAUUUGUGUUUAUCCUAAUAUUCCCUGUUUGGCCAUAGUAUGAAAGUUCUCCAGGUGAAGAUAUUGUGAACGUCAUUAAGUGCCCAGUUGUUGCAAAGCAUUCCCUGGUCCCUCCCUUAGGCAACCACCACCGCUGACCCAAGUGAGAAUAAUUCCUGCCAAAUGCUACCAGUGAUAUGGGUACACAUAUUGCCAAAAGUUGAGGUUCUGAAAGUUUACUCAUUUAGCCUCUGAAAUUCGCAGGUAGACUGUGCUCAGGCUGGCCUUAGGUAGGUAUACUUAGAGAUCAGAUGCUUUGGCUUCAGUCAUAGCUUUGGCUGCACCCUUGACAUAUGUAUUUACUGUGUAUGUAAUAGCCAUGAACACACAUUUAUUUGUUUUCAGCAAACAACAGCAGUGAAACCUUAUUACAGCAAUCCCAUACACAUGUAAAAUCCUUCCUAUAAUGGGAUGUUUAGGGCUGUCCUAGAAGUCAGAAGGUUGCAAUGCAGUUCACAAUUAAGAAAAAAUAUUUUUAGAACUUAAGAAAAAGAAAAAAUAGAAAAUAUUUCCCUGGUCUCUUGGGAUUUGUUGUAAGAGGGUUUCACUGGCCCCACUCAGACUCUCAAUUUUUGCUUCACACAGAACUGAAUGUGAUAGCACCAUUACAUUCAGUUGUAGCUUUCAAAUCUGCAUCUGGGUCAUUACUAGAGGGAAAUAUGUGUUCUCUUCAAGUGAUAAUGCAUUUGGUGUCAAAAUAGAACCAUAGUGUUGUUUUUAAGUAUUUACGGAAAUCAUCAGGAAACAAAGUGGUAUAAUAAAUGAAGAAUAACAUUUGAGCAUUUUCAUUUUUUCCUUUCCUUAGGGUGGCUGUAAUUCCAGGUGACUGUAAUCUGCCUGUCCCUUUAUAUCCCUUCCAAGCCCCCAAGCAUAUCUACACAUGCACAAAUCUAUGGAUUCAGUGUCCUGGUUUUCUUUUUUAUAGAGCUCUAGCACAAUUUAUACACAUUUCUUUCCUGGACGGUGGAGCCUGUUGCUCACCAGCCCAAAGGUGCUAAUGAAUCUCUGCCAGACCUGAGAGAAAAAUCCAAUAGACUUAGAACUUCGUGUUUUAAUGUGAUAUGAGUUGAUUGUACAAGGAAGGUGAGUCUUAAUGAAAUAAUUUAGCAAAGCUGCUCAUCUAAGAAAUUUCAGUUGGCUGCAGUAUAGCCACUGAUUUAUUUACUUUCCCAGUAUUUUCCUAUUUUAAAGAAGGUUGGCCAGUGCAAAUUAAAAAGUUCACCCCAAAAAAUUUUUUUAAGAACCCAGAAUCCUUUAUUCAUAUUCCAAGAUGAUCAGGUUUAUGUAUGCAGUUAAUUUACAUGGAGAAUUGAAUUUUCUAAGAAAGUCAACAGUACUACAAUAUUUGUGCACACUUUGUAAUUUAGUUUUAUUUUAAUUUUCAUAUCACAGAUCUUUUUAUAGUAUCUAACUUGUGGGGCAAAUAUUUAUUAAUGCUUUCUGCAUUGUUUUCAAGGCCAUUACUUAAAGAACUCUGUUAUAUGUCUGUUUACUAUGUAACUGUACCGAUUAUCACAAUAUUGAAAUAUAGUUCCUGAACUUGAAUUUUUCUUUAUAACACUAAGGAACUUUUUGGUAAUAGAGAUCUGAAGUUUUUAUUGAUGCUUUAUGCACCAAAAUCUUUCUUUGUCAUAGAAAUUAAUUAACAUCAUUAUGGUUACAUUUUUUGUUGAAGCUAAGAUCACUAUAGAGUAAGAAAAAUCUGGUGGGGUGGGGUUUUUUUGUUUUGUUUUGUUUUGGGGGGGUGUUUUAGUUGUCCUUUGAGUUUUUAAUUUGUUUUGUUUUUGUCUUACACCAUGAACUGUUGUGAACUGGUUUAAAAGUAUUAGUGCUGCAGGCUUUAACAAACUUACAAAAAGAUAUACCAGUGUGUCAAUGGUGGUAUGCAGUCCAAAGGUUCAGUGUUUCUAUUUUUGUGGAACUUAAGCUGAUAAUAGUACCUUAUGUUUAUGCAAUUCUGUAAUAUAUGUGUACAGUUAGUAUAAUAAUGAACAAAUGAAGAAUAUGAAUUAGAAGAUAGGUGUGAGCCAUUGUCAGUACUUUUACACAUGGCUUAAAUGAUGUUUCCAAUGAAUUAGUAUUUACCAUAAAUUCACAUCAUGAUCUAUUACUUGAGUGUUUUGCAUAAAGUUGCCAAAACACAGUAACAUGUACAUAGUGACAUAAAGCAUUGAAAUAUAUAUACAUAUACAUUUAUAUAUUGUCGAUUUCAUUUGUGAAUGGGAAAAGCCAUCUUUUAGUAGGUGACUGCCGUUUGAGACUAUGAAUUGGAUGUAUAUUUGAAUGUUGCAUUGUAUUGUACAGUAUGCAUAUUAUUGUUUGUGGUUGCAUAUGGCAAUGAAGUGUUUGUUUUAUAAAAAAAAAAGACAUCUGUUAUGUACAGUUGAAAUAAAU